AUGAUCAAAGAUAUUAUUCAACAACUGGUUUCUAAUUCUGAUCAAAAAGUAAUCAAAACAUCAGGAUUUAUCUUUAAAUUAUUAACAUGCUUUACUGUUAACAUUCUACUUUGUUCAGUACUUUUGAUAUCAGCAAACAGUCUUUUUGGUGGUCCAAUUGAUUGUCAAGUGAAUGGCAAUUUGAAAAGCACUAUUGAAACGAAAUGUUGGAUUGAAGGUGUUUAUCUUGAUGGAUCAUUAUUUGAUGGCACAAAAGGAAAAGAUAUUACACGUUAUGGAGUGGGUCCAUCGAAGAAAUGGAAUGAGAACAACUUAAUUAAUCAGUCGUACUACCAAUGGGUUGUUCCGGUAUUAGGUCUAAUCGCUCUGUUGAUGUAUAUGCCAAGAGUCAUUUGGCAUCAUCUUGAAAAUGGCUUAAUGGAUGAUCUUUUAAGAAGAACAUGUUUUCAGUAUGCUGAUGAUGCACUGGGUCUUCAAUGGCUUUUGAUUUUCCCUACUCAAGCAAAAUGUUUCUACUAUGACUUUGGACCAAGUGGUGGAGCCCAAGAACGUGACGCCUUGUGCUUCUUACCACAAAAUGUUAUCAAUGAAAAAAUAUUUGUCUUCUUGUACAUCUGGUUUGCUUUUGCAUUUUUUGCUACACUUUGCGGAUUGAUGUUUACUAGCAUUUUGAUGUUCUUCAAAUGCCUUCGAACCAGAAGCAUUCGCGGUAUGGUCGAUCGUUCAUUUUCACACCAAACAGUUGUUUUUUCACGUCAUUACCGCGAUUAUGGAGACUGGUUUAUUCUUCAUCUCUUACACAUGAAUCUCUCGCCUGUUUUAUUUGAUGAUCUCGUUUCGGAUUUAAUGAAACCUUUGAUGAAAAAUUCAAGUAAAUCAACAACUUGCAAUGAAAAAGAAGAAUCUAUUGAUUGUUCUGUAAUUUAA